CCUUUGCCUCGCGCUCCUCUCCUUGGUUUCAUCUCUUUGCCACCCUUGGUUGGCUUCUUUUGCUGAACGCAAGAACACGUCAGAGAAGGGAGAAGGACGUCGAUGGAGUGUAAUCAACCACUUGCUCCUAGGAAAUCCAGCAGCUUCUCCUCCGGCCGCGACGAGAAGCGCCGGGAGAUCGACCGCAACUUCUCCUUGGGCACCGUCAAGUUGGAACAAGGCCACGAGAGGAAGGAGAGACGCAACAAAGAGACCAUUCAGGAAGAGGAGGAGGAGGAGGAGGAGGAGGCCGAGGAGAGGGCCGGGAAGAUGGGGGAGGGUGCAAGCAAUGGUGAGGAGCCGGAAGCCAAUUUGAUUACCGUCUCCGGAGACAUCGAUAACUUCCUCGCCGUCCUUCUCGCCGUCGGAGAUGGUCGAGAUGGGAGGCACGAGCCGCCGGAGAUCCCUGAAUCUACCAUCGAGAAGUUUGUGGCUUUGGUGGAGGAGGAGAUGGCCACGUACGAAACAGGCGACGAGAAGUGGCCCUCCGGUGGUGCCGAGUCGUCGCUUCUCGAUGCGAUCGACAGGGUCUCGAAGCUGACGACGGGGUUGAGGAAGUUCUCGUCGGAGCCCAAGUACCAGCAGGCGAUGAACCGAUCCGGCACCGUCCUCCACCAGGCCAUGUGCUUCCUCGAAGAUGAGUUCCACUCGUUGCUUCAGGACGCCAGAACAAAGCAGGAGGCCGUCAGCAGCAGCUCCAAGACCAAGCCGCAGCCCUCGUUCAGCCGCCUCUACGAGUUCGAUCGCCACGUGCCACCCUCGUCGGAACCAAGUUCCUGCGUGCCUUCCCCCGCGUAUCCACCGGAGGCCGUCGAGAGGCUGCACAAGAUCGCCGACGCCAUGAUCUCCGCCGGGUAUGAUGCCGAGUGCUGCCAGGUGUUCGCCGUCGCCCGGCGCAAUGCCUUCGAGGCAGGACUGCCGAGCCUCGGUUUCGAGAAGGUCAGCAUCGAGGACGUGCUGAAGAUGGCAUGGGAGUCACUGGAGUCCGAGAUCGCGACGUGGAUCAAGGCCUUUCGGCACACCAUCACGGCCUCCAUCUCCGCCGAGCGCGAGCUCUGCGAGGCUGUUUUCGCCAGCCACCGCGCCAUCUCCGACCGCCUCUUUCGCAGCUUCGCCCACUGCGCCAUCAUCCAGCUCCUCACCUUCGCGGAGGCCGUCACGAUGACCAAACGCUCCGCCGAGAAGCUGUUCAAGGUGCUCGACAUCUACGAGGCCAUGCGCGACGUGAUGCCGACUGUCGACGCCCUGCUCCCGGACGAAGCCGACCAGGAAGAAUCCUCCAUCCUUGUGGAUCCCAAGACGGAGAUAUCCUCGGUACGGUUUCGUCUCGGAGAGGCAGCCGUCGCAAUCUUCUGCGAACUAGAGAGCUCCAUCAAAGCCGACAGCAGUAAGACCCCUGUGCCCGGCGGCGCAGUCCACCCGCUCACCCGCUACGUGACGAACUACCUCAAGUACGCCUGCGAGUACAAGAACACGCUGGAGCAGGUCUUCAAGGAGCACAGACAUUCCGAGAAGCCAUCGUCCACCGACGGGGACGGCGACAAUUCACGGGGAAGCGGCGGGGGCGGCAGGGGCGACAACCGCGGCAACAAUGGCGGCAACGGAAAUUACAAUCCGUUCGCAGCUCAACUAGUGGGGGCGAUGGACUUGCUGCACUCCAAUCUGGAGUCGAAAUCGAAGCUGUACAAGGACCUCGCCUUGAGCAACAUCUUCUUGAUGAACAACGGGCGGUACGUCGCGAAGAAGGUGAAGGGGUCGCCGGAGAUCCAUCAGCUAGUGGGGGAGACGUGGUACCGGAAGCGGUCGUCGGACCUGAGGCAGUACCACAAGAACUACCAGCGGGAGACGUGGUCCAAGUUGCUGGCCUGCCUGCGGGACGACGGGCUCCAGGUGAAGGGGAGCGUGUACAAGCCGUUGCUCAAGGAGCGGUUCAAGAGCUUCAACGCCAUGUUCGAAGACAUCCACAAGGCGCAGAGCUCGUGGGUGGUGAGCGACGAGCAACUGCAGUCGGAGCUGAGGGUGUCGGUGUCGGCGGUGGUGGUGCCGGCCUACCGGUCCUUCCUGGGGAGGUUCUCGCAGUACCUCGACCCGGGGAGGCAGACGGAGAAGUACAUCAAGUUCGGGGCGGAGGAUCUGGAGAAUCUGAUCGACGAGCUGUUCGACGGCAACCCUUCUUCCAUGGCGAGCAAGAGGAGGACGUGAGGGGGGGCUGGUGGUGGUGGUGGUGGUGGAGGCGACGACGAAGCAACUGCUGCGCUCCACGAUCUGGAUUCCGGGCCUCGUUCAUGCUGGGCUCGAGGAAGGCAGAGCAUUCUCGCGGGGAGCCGAGCUUUCUGCGGCUCAACACAGAGCGACCGUAUUCUGCCCUUUCCGUUGCUUGUGUGGGUGUUGUGUCUUGAACUCGUUAAGCUUCCUAGUCAUCACGACGAGUCUUGUUGGACUCUGGAAAGAUCAUGAUCACCAUCACACAAAAAAUAAAGCAAAUCUCAAUUAUCUGA